CACCAGGCCGGGCGGGAGUGGGCGGUCCUCCGAUGGCUGCCGGCCCAGGGCUCCGUGAUGUCACAGCGGUGCUCCGAGGGGGAGGGGGUCGGCUGUUUUUCUGGAGUGGAGGAGUGGAAGAGACAAAGCGGCCCGGGGGCCGGGUGGGCGCCAUGGAGCCGCUGUCCCAGGCCCUGCUCUGGAAACUCCUGCUUCUGCAGAGUUCCACCGCCCUGCUGUCCUCAGGGCCCGCAGCGCCCGGGCAAGCGGACAGCUCGGUGGUGUCCGAGUCGGCGGUGAGCUGGGCCGCGGGUGCCCGCGCGGUGCUGCGUUGCCAGAGCCAGCGCAUGGUGUGGACCCAGGACCGGCUGCCCGACCGCCAGCGCGUGGUCCACUGGGACCUCAGCGGCGGCGCGGGGCCCGCGCGCCGGCUCGUGGACAUGUACUCGGCGGGCGAGCAGCGCGUGUACGAGCCCCGCGACCGCGGCCGCCUGCUGCUGUCGCCCUCCGCCUUCCACGACGGCAACUUCUCGCUGCUCCUCCGCGACGUGGAGGACUCGGACGCGGGGCUGUACACCUGCAACCUGCACCACCAUUACUGCCACCUGUACGAGAGCCACGCCGUGCGCCUCGAGGUGGUCGACCCGCCCCACACCCCGCGAGCCUACUGGGAUGGCGAGAAGGAGGUGCUGGCGGUGGCGCGCGGCGCGGCCGCGCUGCUGACCUGCGAGAACCGUGCGCACGUGUGGACCGAGCGGCACGUGGAGGAGGCGCAGCAGGUGGCGCACUGGGACCGGCAGCCGCCCGGGGUGCCGCACGACCGCGCCGACCGCCUGCUGGACCUGUACGCGUCCGGCGAGCGCCGGGCCUACGGGCCGCCGUCCCUGCGCGACCGCGUGGCCGUGGCGGCCGACGCCUUCGCGCGCGGCGACUUCUCGCUGCGCAUCGACCCGCUGGAGCCGGCCGACGAGGGCACGUACUCCUGCCACCUCCACCAUCACUACUGUGGCCUGCACGAGCGCCGCGUCUUCCACCUGCGCGUGCACGAGCCCCCCGCCGAGCCGCCCCCGCGGGGGUCGCCGGGCAACGGCUCGGGCCACAGCGCCUCCCCCGGCCCAGACCCCACGCUGGCGCGCGGCCGCAGCGUCAUCAACGUCAUCGUCCCCGAGAGCCGCGCGCAGUUCUUCCAGCAGCUGGGCUACGUGCUGGCCACGCUGCUGCUGUUCAUCCUGCUGCUGGUCACUGUGGUCCUGGCCGCGCAGCGCCGCCGGGCAGGCUACGAGGGCUCGGACAAGCUGCCAGCAACGUCAAAGCGGAAGCAGGUGACCAUGUCGGAGUUAGCCGUCGCCGCAGGAGGCCGGACGCUGCACGGGAGCGAAGACAUCCAGCUAGAUUACAAAAACAACAUACUAAAGGAGAGGGCUGAGCUGGCCCGCGGCCCCCAGCCUGCCAAGAACGUGGACCUGGACAAAGAGUUCAGGAAGGAGAGCUGCAAGUAGGGACCCUACUCCUGGCUGGGCCAGCAGCUCUACCGACGGCCGUCCACCCUGGAGGACGCACUCCCGACCUGCCUGUGGCUCACUCCGCACGCGCCCAGCGGCUGGUCCCGCUGUCCUGGAACCUGCCUGGACUGGCACAGCGCCAGGCCACCUGCAGGCUCCUCUCCUGGGAGCCACCCUGACCCCCUGCAGUGACCCUGGGCUCCCGGCUGUUCUAGUCACUGGUGGCCCUGGCCCUUUGUCCCCCCCUUGGCACAGCCGAGAUCUCGCUGACGUCCGAACCCUCAGGUCCCCCAGCCUCUGCCCCCGCUGGGGUCUGGAAGGACCUGUUGGAGGGGCCUCAGGCUGACCUGGGGCAGGGACCCCCGCGGCUGCCGAGCCCCCAGGGGCUGCACAGUGCCCAGUCCCAGCCCCAGGCCAGCUGCAGCCUGUCCUGCACGGGGCUUGAGGUCCCAGCACACUCAGGCUCCGGGCUCAGCCCCUCUGGGAUGUCCACCUCGGGGCCGCCCUGUGGCCGCUUCUCCGCUUUCAACCCCACCUCCGGCCUCCGUGUCCACGAGCUGCCUUGACUUCUGUCCACCGCCGCCGCCCAGGCUGCGUUUGGCUUCUCCUCUGGCUGAGCGGUGCAGGGGUGGCCCCGGCUCUGGAGCGAGCUGUGCCGCCCCGUCCACACCCCGUCUGCUCCUGGAGGAGCUGUCCCUCACAAUAAAAGCCACUUCUGACGGUGA